UGAAAAUGGCGAAGUAUUGAUAAUUAUGUUGCAACACUUUCUCGUAAUUAAGUUGCUACACUUUCUCGUAACUUGUUACAAUAAAAAUGUCAGAAGAUGUCUGGCGGAAGGUGACAAGACGUUAACAUUUUGUUAGUUACUACUAUCGGUGGUGUGACGUUUGCAGUUUCGUACACAGCCUUUUGAACAGAGGAAAUGGCUGACUAUCCAAGACCAUUUAUAAGAUAUGAUGGUGAAGAUGACGAUGAAGACGAUGAAGAAGAUGCAAUUCCCAAGAUUAGAAUUGGGGUCUGUGCAAUGAGCAAAAAGACCAACUCCCAACCUAUGCAAGAGAUCUUAAAUCGAAUGUCAGCAUUUGACUGUGUGGACAUAUCCGUGUUUCCUGAUGACACUAUCCUGAAUGUUCCAGUGGAGGAAUGGCCCAUUUGUGACUGUUUGAUUUCAUUUUACUCCAAAGGCUUUCCACUUGAGAAAGCAAUUGAGUAUGCCCAGCUGAGAAAACCAUUCAGUCUAAAUGAUUUGGAAAUGCAAUAUGCCCUGAUGGACAGACCAACAAUGUACAGUCUUUUGGAGAGUGCAGGGAUUGAAACACCAAGACAUGCUAUUUUGCUACGAGAUGAUGAUGGAGAUCCCAUAAACACUAAUUUUGUUGAGACGGAUGAUUCUGUACAGAUUGGUGAUGUUGUAUUCCAAAAACCCUUCGUUGAAAAACCAGUAAAUGCAGAAGACCACAAUGUGUACAUAUAUUACCCCUCAUCAGCUGGAGGUGGCAGUCAAAGAUUGUUCCGAAAGGUGGGAAAUAGAAGCAGUGUGUACUCAGGUGAGAGUUCUGUGCGCAAGGAAGGGUCUUACAUUUAUGAAGACUUUGUGGUCACUGAUGGAACAGAUGUGAAGGUGUACACAGUGGGCCCAGAGUAUGCUCAUGCUGAGGCACGGAAGUCUCCUUCCCUUGAUGGAAAAGUUGAAAGAGAUAGUCAAGGAAAGGAGAUACGUUAUCCUGUCAUCCUAAACCAGUAUGAGAAAGAACUGGCAAAUAAAGUCUGCAACCUGUUCAAGCAAACAGUUUGUGGGUGUGAUUUACUGCGCACUCAUGGCAAAUCCUAUGUUUGUGAUGUCAAUGGCUUCAGUUUUGUAAAGACAUCCAAGAAGUACUAUGAUGAUGCAGCACAGGUCUUAAUGAGCCUUAUUGUACAUAAACUAGCACCUCAAUUAUAUACACCGUACAAUCUUGAUUUACCAGAAGAGACACCCACUGUUGAAGCCCUGGAGGGUACCAUGUUAGAGCUAAGGUGUGUUAUUGGAAUUAUCAGGCAUGGUGACCGAACUCCAAAGCAGAAAAUGAAGAUGGAAGUCAGGCAUCCAAGAUUUAUUGAACUUUUCAAGAAGUAUCUUGGCUUUGAUGAACACAAGCUCAAGUUGAAGAGGCCGACCCAGUUACAAGAGGUGUUGAAUAUUGCCAGAGAUUUGCUAACCAACAUUAAGGAAGGGAUUCCAAUCUUUGAGAGGCGUAACAAGCUCCAUCAACUCAAAAGUGUGUUGGAAAUGUAUGGGUAUUUCUCUGGAAUUAACAGAAAGGUUCAAUUCAAGUACCUUGGCAAACCUCGAGAAGGGAGUGAAAGUGAAAGCAGUGAGAGUCGACUAACAGAUUCUGGUUCUGAUGAGAAGAGUGGAAAACAAAAAGUAGGGAAGGAAGCAAAAAUGAAAGACAGUAAAGAAGGCACAGGGCAAUCAAGUGAGGAAUCACAGGAAAAUGAAGAAACAAAGGAUGAAAAACUAAAGGUACCAGUUGACUCUGAACAUGCACUGCUGCUGAUAGUCAAGUGGGGUGGAGAACUGACCACAAUGGGAAAGGAGCAGGCCUUACAGUUAGGACGGGCUUUCAGGAGCAUGUACCCUGGAGGUCAAGGGAGAUACUCUGCAAUGUCUGGCAUUGGUUUACUGCGACUUCAUAGUACCUACAGACAUGACUUGAAGAUUUAUGCAUCUGAUGAGGGACGAGUUCAAAUGACAGCUGCAGCAUUUGCAAAGGGUUUUCUUGCACUUGAAGGUGAGCUGACACCAGUUCUUGUACAUCUGGUACGUAGUGAUAAGAACACCACGGAAAUGCUUGACACCUCUGAUGCUGCUACCAAGAUACUAGGAAAAGUAAAACACAGGCUUCAUGAAAUGCUUCAUUCCAAUGAUGAUUUCAAAGAAGAGGAUUUUGCUAGGCUUGCACCAAACAAGUCUCCUUCUGUGAUAAAUGCCAUGAAAUUUGUAAAAAAUCCAUACAAAAUGUGUGAAAAGCUGCACAACUUGGUAGCGAAUCUUACUGGACAACUAAAGGAGCUGAUAUCCCAGAAAAUAUAUGAUCCAAGAGAUCCUUUCCUUUAUCAUGACGAAACAUUGGAGCUGAUGAUGCACAGGUGGACGAAGUUAGAAAAGGAUUUUAAGUUGAAAAAUGGCCAGUUCGACAUCAGUCUUAUUCCAGACAUCUACGACUGUAUCAAGUACGACGUGCAGCAUAACAGUAACCUGUGUUUGAAAAACGCUAUGGAUUUAUACAAGUGUGCCAAGGCUUUUGCAGACAUUGUUAUUCCGCAGGAAUACGGAAUAACAAUGGAAGAGAAGCUAGCCAUUGCUCAAAGAGUUUGUGUAAGACUUUUAAGAAAGAUUAGAGGAGAUCUCCGGCACGCAGACAAGUCAGAUAUACACACCCGCCUUAAUCCCAGUUAUUCACAGAGUGUGGAAACACCGCAUCGCCAUGUUCGAACAAGGCUGUAUUUUACAAGUGAGAGUCACGUGCACACAGUGCUAAAUGCUUUUCGAUUUGGAAAGCUUUUUGAAGAUAUUCCGGAUAAUCAGUGGCAGAGAGCUGUGUCGUUCUUAGGAGAGGUACCAGAAUUGAACUACAUGACUCAGAUUGUGCUGUUGUUGUAUGAGGAUCCAAAGGCGGAUCCUUUGUCUGAAAACCGAUUUCAUGUGGAGAUGCACUUCAGUCCUGGAGCCAAGACUAUGGAUGAUCCAGAGUUUUUAGCAAGGAACUCGCCUACAAGGAAACGAAGUGAGGAAGAUGUGAGAAUCUCGUCGGCUGCUGGUGGUUCAACGACGGGGAAUGUAUAUACAACGAGCAGAGGUGUCGCGGAUGAUGGCCAUCAAGUUCAGGAUAGUGUGGUUAAUACGACAACAUCAAUUAACAGUCCUAAUUCUUCCUCUGCUCCUUACGGAAUAGCCACAAGUACUUAUCCUGGACAAUCCCAGACGACGGAAAAAACUGGAAGUUUUGUUAACGACACUGCAAAUGACAUAGGUAGCUCUGUAAGUGCAGAGCAGAACUCCGCUGUGGAGGAAGCUUUGGAAAGCGAAGAAUUUGAACCGUACGAUGAGACUGUAUACGCUGGUAAUGAGCGGCCACGUUUUUCAAUCGGUAUGGAAGACUAUUCAGAUUCUGCCGUGGGUCCAAGCACAGGUGAUAGUACUGUGUCUUCGGGUACAUCUAUUGAUGACUCGUCUGGUGAAGAGAAACCGUUAAAGAGGCAAAGGAACAGUUUGAGUGAAACAGAAAUUAGCCCCGCCCCAACUGAAAUUGAAAGGAGAUGUAAAUCGGACAGUGACGUGUUAUCCGUUGGAAGUCCAACAAGGGAUUCUCCUCUAAGAAGAAAAACGAAGGACCAAGAGGCAAGUUCGAUAAAAUGCAUCGUGGAAGAAGAUGAUUCCAAACCACUUGUGGCCAGUCGAAGGCCGAAGGCUCAUUCGGUUGAUGGAUCACCAGAUGAUUUUUGUUUUGGCAAGUUGAUAGAAGGAGUCAGGACUGAUUUGCAUACCGUUGACGAAGAAGAUCAGGAGAAUGAAUACGGUUCAACUGAUGAUGAUCAGCAAGGCAAAAGAAGUGGUCAAGACGAUGAUGACGUGAUUCUUGACGAAGAAGGUGAAAAAGAAGGUGGCACAGAUAGCAUCAGGAAGACAGGAAUUCAGUUAUAUUUUUCAGUGUGUUCAGUAUUCGUUAGAAGGAGCCUACUCCACAGUUUGUGGGGCUUAACUUUUGAACUAUCCGUUCUAAUCGUCUUCUUCCCUAAACAACCUUGUUUCUUUUCUGUUUUUUUUUUUUCCGUCCCUCGUUGGUGUUUCCCCGUUGUCACAAACUAUUAGACAUCAUUUAGUGGUAAUGAAUUAAAGAAAGUUCAACAGCUUUUUAGAACAACGGGAAAGGUCAGAACAAACCAAUAAGAAAGCAAAGCUAAAACAUGCGAACUCCCCUGAGCGCGGGGAGAGCGUGCGAGAAGCGUGGGAAAGUGCGGGAAAACACGAACGACUCCGGCACGAAGUUUUGAUUGAUUAUUGUCUCGCAUCUGAUUGGUCGAGAAGGUGGUGUUAGUGUUCUAAACCAAUCAGAGAGCGAGGUAAAACAAAAUCCUUUGUUAUCCCUGAUUACUUACGUCACUCAAUUGAAAUUUGUUCUUUGUCACUUUAACACCUCUGCGGCCUUAAACUGCACCUUAAAACUUAAAACAGCGGAAAGAACACUUAAAUAGUUACGAUAACGAAACGAUAAUUGAAGGAUUCUUUUUAGUUAAUUGUCGCACAAGUUUGUUACUUUUUAGUUGUGUUUUGUUACUUAGUUAUUUACCGUGUUUUGAGUGUCUGGAAAUCCCAGGGAUAAGUAUUAAGAAAGUUUAAAAUGUUAGUAUAUAAUCUGUAACGUCCACUGAAUCUGCCUUGUGUAAAAUUGCCAAGUUUUUCUUUCGAUGUAAAUCUCGUUUAACCUAAUAUCUCAGUAUUAAUAACUCAAGUAUUUUAAUAACCUCUCUGUAUUUCGAUUUAUAUUGAGCAGUUAAUCUAAAGCUUCUUAUGCAGCAAAGACUAACAUCCAGUACUUGUGUAAAUGCAUGAAACUCAGCACGUUAUAAAACUUUUAUUAACCUUGUUUCGCUGUCACCUUGUAGAAAUUCCUUCAAACCUAACUUCCCGCGUAUUGACAAGCACCUCUGAUGGCUAUUGAUUAUUAAUCAGGAGUU